AUGGAAUGUCAUAUUGUCACAUCUAUUAAUGCUUCAACAGUAACAUUCGACUCUGCGGACGAACUCCUGAACGAAGCAUUGAGAAACGAUGCAAAUUACAUCAACAUUGCUGCAUAUUGCUGCGAUCAAACACGAUUCGAAGAACUUCUUGGACAGGCAUUAACCAAAAUUCUACGACAGAUGUAUCACAUCAGUAUUAAAAUAAGCCGAUUUGAAUUGGAUCUUUCACGACAUAAGCUCAUAUCCUUCUUGAACAUCUUACAAUUAGCCUCAAAAGAUUGA